AAGAAGAUCUAAAUCUGAGUGGGUACUUGCUUUGGAUGCGAGUAGACGAGCUUUCAUCGAAUUCUCUGAAGAAAGAGCAGUGCUAUUUGGAUUUUUUUUGAGUUUGUUCUGGAUUCAAUCUGGGACGGCGGAAUUUAGCUUGAGGUGAGCUGUGGUAGUGGUCGGUGGUGAAUAAUGCGGCGGCGGGCGGCCGAUUACCGGCGCCCGGUUCGGAGGAGUUUUUCUUGUUGGAUCUGGACGCUGCUCGGAAUAUUCUCUAUCGCAGGUUUCGUCUUGUUUGUGUUGCUUCAACUGAAUGAAAGUGAGGAUCAUGUAGAGCAGCAAAUUUUUGAUAGGCAUCCCAGAAAUGAUGAGAUUGCACAUGAGCAUCUAAAUAUUACCCAAGAAAUAUCAAAUGCUAGAUCAUAUGCUAGGCAAUUAACAGAGCAGAUGACACUUGCCAAGGCAUAUGUGGUUAUAGCGAAGGAGCGCAAUAACCUUAAUCUUGCAUGGAAGCUUAGCAUGAAGAUUAGAAGUGGCCAAUUAUUGCUUUCAAAGGCUGCUAUGAAGGUGGACCCCAUCUCUUCAGAUGAAGCUGAACCGAUCAUCCAAAGCCUAUCGUCUUUGAUUGUUGAGGCACAAGACGUGCACUAUGACAUAGCAACCAUGAUGAUGACUAUGAAAUCUCAUAUUCAAGCUCUAGAAGAGCGUGCAAAUGCGGCUUCUGUUCAGAGCACCGCGUUUGGGCAUUUACUUUCUGAAUCUCUACCGAAAAGCCUCCACUGCCUCGAUAUCAGUCUCACGACUGAUUGGAUUAACAACAAGGCAUUAAUGGAUCUUGCUGAUAAAAUCAGAAACUCUCCCCGUUUAGUGGACAACAAUUUGUACCAUUUUUGCGUGUUUUCGGAUAAUGUGGUGGCUGUCUCGGCUGUGGUGAACUCAACUGUUUCCAAUGCUGAUCAUCCCAGGCAGUUGGUUUUCCAUAUUGUGACAAACAGGGUCCAUUAUGGAGCAAUGCAUGCAUGGUUCCUUAGCAAUGAUUUUAGAGGGUCUACCAUAGAGGUGAAGAACUUUGAGGAUUUCACUUGGCUGAAUGCUUCUUUCUCUCCUGUUGUCCAGAAGCAUCGUUCUUUGUUGAGUCACCUUCGGUUUUAUAUCCCGGAAAUCUAUCCCCAACUGGAGAAGGUGGUUUUUCUUGAAGACGACGUGGUGGUGCAGAAGGAUCUCACCCCACUUUUCUCACUGGAAUUGCAUGGAAACGUAAAUGGAGCAGUGGAAACAUGUCUGGAAUCAUACCAUCGUUUCUACAAGUAUCUCAACUUUUCAAACCCGCUUAUUGGGUCAAAGUUUGACCCGCAGGCCUGCGGGUGGGCAUUCGGGCUGAACAUUUUUGACUUGAUCGGUUGGAGGAAAGCGAACGUGACCGGACAGUAUCAUUACUGGCAAGAACAGAACAGUGAGGGGAGUAUUUGGAAGCUGGGGACCACACUUCCUCCGGGCCUAUUAGCUUUCUAUGGGUUGAUAGAGCCGUUGGAUAGGAGAUGGCACGUUCUAGGCUUCGGACACGACAUACAUAUAGACAAGCACUUGAUCGAAAGUGCAGCCGUGAUUCACUUCAAUGGGAACAUGAAGCCAUGGCUGAGCUUGGGCUUUAGUAUUUACAAGCCUUUGUGGGAAAGGUAUGUGAAUCUCAGCAACCCAUUCAUCAUGGGUUGUUUCCACCAUUAAAGCUCCUCACACCAUUUACAGUUGCAUUUUCACAUGGUUAGAUUUAGGGGUUUUUGAAUCAUUAGUGUUUGGGAAAGCAAAAAGGAUUCUUCUAAGCCAAAACUAAUUACUUCUUUUUUUGGAUAUAAGAUUGUUCAUGGAAUUAAUUUUUUUUGUGAAGAGUUUAUAUAUUACAAUGGCUAGAGAAAAAGGAAUUAUUGAGGAAUGGUAUGGUAUGGAUAAUCAUUCAAACACACUUCUUACACACAUACUCUCAUGGGGUCAGUUGCACCAAAUCCCCAUAUGAUAUAUCAAAUUUUGAUGUUUGGGCAUUGUAAAUGACCUCCAUACCCUUUGUUCUAUAAAUGGAUGUUCAUUGGAUAAAUUUGACGUCUGAGUUUAUUUUUGUGCAGUUUAAUGUUUGUUUUUGUUCUGUUUGGAGUUGGGACAUUGAAGAUUUGUAAAUAAGGCCCUGUUUGGCAU